AUGUCUGAUUUCGGCGACGAUGAUGUCGGUGUCGGCGGGGACGAGCCCGUGCUCGAGGAAGAGGAGGUUACUGAGUACUACGACCCCGAGGUUCUAGACAACGAGGAUGGCGAGCGUGGCGAAAACGGUGAGGAUGACGACAAUGUCAUCGUAUCCGGAGACCCUUCGGCGGCUGCCAACGCCGUCAAGGGUGGUGAAAAGUCGAUGAAGGAUCGGAAGAUUCCCGAGGCGGAUCGGACAACCACUCGAUACAUGACCAAGUACGAACGGGCACGUAUACUUGGCACCCGCGCUCUGCAGAUUAGCAUGAAUGCGCCGGUGUUGGUAGACCUCGAAGGCGAGACAGACCCCCUUCAGAUUGCCAUCAAGGAACUCCGCGAGAAGAAGAUUCCCCUGAUUGUCAGGCGAUAUCUGCCGGAUGGCUAG